AAAAGUUGCCUAGCUUCGUUUAGAAAAACAAAGUUCCGCUGUUCCACUGAGUGUUAUAGUCACUGAUCACAGAGUCGUGACGACUACACGCGCAUAAUGUGGGAUUUUAUUCUUACACUUUCGAGCUGUUUUUGCUCCUGCAGCUCCAAAAACAAGGUGUCCCCUGUGGAGGAUGGAGAUGAGGAAGAACCAGCACCGGGAGAGGAGGAGAUGGUCCGCUGGACCACUGAAUGUCCGGUUCUGACCAACCAACCUCCAAUGUCCCUCCCGAGACCAAGCAAGUCGUCGGCCGACGUCCUUGCUGAACUCCGUAAAGACGGUGUGUUGCCCCUCAACACCCGGGACGAGUCAAUCGCUUUCCAGGUGCCGCUAGACAAGCCCGCCUCCGAGCCCGACGCGCCCGCACGCCGCCCAGUAAAGCUUGCGAAGCUGGAGGAAACUCUCCAGGAGAGACGAGAACGGGUCAAGAAGGAGCCCGCGGGAUCACGCACCCAGCUGAGACAGCAACUCGGCGACGCUGCCAAGAGACGAGAGGAGAUGUUGGCUGAGAGGUCUCGUAGACUUGCAGAGAGGAGAGCGAAGAUGAAGGCCAAAGCAGCCGCCAAGGAGCGCAAGAGCACUGCCUUUCUCAUCUCCACUGUCAGCGACACGGACGCCAUCGUUCCCCGGGACUCGGAGAAGGCGCAGGCUUUGGAGAAACGUCUGAACAGGAGGAGAGAACGAGUCGCGAAGAGGACCACCGCGGAAGACCUGGAGGAACAGCAAAAGUUAGCAGCUGAACGCAGGAAGGUGAGUUUCUCAGUGCACUCGCUACUGUUGAAAUAAAGACAAGAAGG